AUGUACGCUUGUUUGAACUGUGGCAAGGGUCUUAACAAUGUUGGACAAGUCAUGGGUGCAUUUAUAGUUGAUUCUGCAUAUGAGAGAGGUGCGAGGAGUUUUGUCAAUGAUGUUACUGCUAAGUUAGGAGUUAAUGGGAAGAUUGUAUGUCCAUGCGCCCGAUGUCGUAAUCUAGAUCGCCAUACAAGUGAGGAGGUUGUCUCUCAUUUGGUUAUAAAUGGAAUGGAUGAUGCUUACAAGGUACGGUCGGAUUGCCGCAAACUGCUUAGAGAGGAUUUAGCCAUUCGGGGGUCAGAGUUGCGUGAGUCAGUUGAGGGUGAGGAUAGGAAAGAAGAUGAGUUUUUAGCAAAACUUGCAGAGGCUGAAAUCCCCUUGUAUCCAACGUGUUCGAGUCAUAGCAAGCUAUCAGCUGUAGUUUCAUUGUUCAGGAUUAAGUCUCAGAAUGGGUGGUCAGACAAGAGCUUUGAUGACUUACUGCAAACUUUGCCGAACAUGUUACCUGAAGACAAUGUGCUGCACACAUCAACUUAUGAUGUCAAGAAGUUUUUGAAAUCUUUUGAUAUGGGAUAUCAAAAAAUUCAUGCUUGUGUGAACGACUGCUGCUUAUUUAGAAAGAAGCUGAAGACGGCUGAGAGUUGCCCAAAAUGCAAGGCGUCUAGAUGGAAGACCAAGAUGCAUACUGGUGAAAUCAAGAAGGGUGUUGCACAGAAAGUUUUGAGAUACUUUCCAAGCACAGAUGGGAAACUGCGCCAUCCAGUAGAUUCUGCUACUUGGCAGUCAAUGAAUGACAAGUAUCCGGCGUUCGCAGCGGAGGAGAGGAACUUGCGACUUGGGCUUUCAACAGAUGGGUUUAAUCCCUUCAGUAUGAAGAACAGCCGAUACAGUUGUUGGCCUGUGUUACUGGUGAAUUACAACAUGGCUCCUGACCUAUGUAUGAAGGAGGAGAACAUAAUGCUCAGUCUGCUGAUUCCAGGACCCCAUCAACCGGGCAAUAGUAUAGAUGUAUACUUAGAACCUCUGAUAGAAGAUUUAAAACAUAUGUGGUGCAUAGGCGAGUUAACAUACGAUGCAGUUAGUAAGACAACCUUUACGCUUAAGGCAAUGCUUCUUUGGACUAUUAGUGAUUUCCCCACAUAUGGGAAUCUUGCUGGUUGUAAAGUGAAGGGUAAGAUGGGUUGUCCUAUAUGCGGGAAGCACACAGAUAGUUUGUGGCUAAGUAAUAGUAGGAAAUUUGUAUUUAUGGGCCACCGGAAAUGUUUGCCUCCCUUACAUAGUUUCAGAGGAAAGAAGACUUGGUUUGAUGGGAAAACUGAACAUGGGACAAAGGGAAGGAUACUGACGGGUAGGAAUGUCUCAUUUGUGCUGAGAAAUUACAAUAAUGUGUUUGGUAAUAGAAAACAGUCUGGAAAAAAGAGAGCUACUCGAGUUGACAUACCAUCUGAUAACGAGGAGGAACUAAGUGAAUCUGAUGAAGAUGAAGAUAUAGGAGAGAAAGACGAAGAGGAAUUGUAUAGAUGGAAGAAACGUUCGAUUUUUUUCUCAUUGCCUUAUUGGGAGGAGCUACCUGUUCGACAUAAUCUAGACGUUAUGCAUGUGGAGAGGAAUGUUGCUGCAAGCUUGAUUGCCACAUUAUUACAUUGUGGCAAUUCAAAGGAUGGUCUAAAGGCUAGAAAGGAUCUUGAAAGUCUUGGUAUCAGGAAGGAUUUGCAUCCAAAAGCUCAGGGUAAAAGGGCAUUACUCCCAGCAGCUCCAUGGUCUUUGUCAAAGUCAGAGAAACACACAUUCUGUAAGCGGCUCUUUGAUUUUAAAGGUCCUGAUGGCUACUGUGCUAAUAUAUCUAGUUGUAUAUCAUUAGAGGAGUGUAAGGUGAUGGGACUCAAAUCUCAUGAUUACCACGUCCUAAUGCAACAACUGCUGCCAGUAGCAAUUAGGGGCUUACUACGUAAGGGUCCUAGGCUAAUGGAAACUGAAAUUGUGGAGACUGUUUGCAUUUUUGAAAGAUUUUGGCCACCUAGUUUCUUCGACAUCAUGGUUCACUUGUGUGUGCAUCUAGGCAGAGAAGCUCGACUUGGUGGUCCUGUCCAUUUCCGAUGGAUGUAUCCUUUUGAAAGGUACAUGAAAGUAUUGAAAGACUAUGUAAGAAACACAGCAAGACCAGAGGGGUGUAUAGCUGAGUCUUAUCUUGCAGACGAGUGCAUGAAGUUCUGCUCGGCUUUCUUGAAGACUACAACAAAUGUAGAAGAAAAAGAGGACAGAAACACUGAGUACGAGAGCCUUUCCAUCCUUGAAGGUCGUCCUAUAUCAGCUGCCCGCUCAUUCCAAUUUUCUGAUACAGAGUUGAAAAUAGCUCAUCUUGCUGUAAUACAAAACACGGCUAUGGUGGAUCCAUAUGUUGAUGCUCAUUUACAACAUUUACAAGACUCAAAUAGUAGAUGUCAACAGGAUGCAACGUAUUUAUGGCGUAUGCACACUGAAAAAUUCGCGGCGUGGCUAAAGCAACAGAAACCUAUUGAUUCAGCUGAUGAGGAAGAGACACUGAAGUGGCUGGCUUAUGGUCCUCGUAGUAUAGCCCGAUCUUACACAGGCUACAUUGUGAAUGGCCUACGGUUUCAUACGAAGCAAGUGCAUAGGCUAAAUCAAGUGCAAGGGACACAGCUAGACGUUGUAUCCUACUAUGGGAGAGUAGUUGAUAUUAUACUACUGGAUUACAAUGCCUUCUACGUGCCAAUAUUCAGGUGUGAGUGGGCAGUUAAAGGUAACGGUGUGAAGGUAGAGGAUGGCUUUACGCUGGUUAAUUUUAAUCACAGCCACAUAUCCUUUGGAAAGGAUCCAUUCAUUUUAGCAUCUCAGGCGAGACAGAUAUUUUACUCAAGGGAAAAUGAUGAAUCAAGUUGGUAUGUAGUAAUAAAGGGUCCAAGUAGAAGAUACAGUCAUGAGAAAGUGGAUGACCUACAUGCAGAUGUAUGUCCACUGCCUUCGGAUAUGGAUAUGAGUCUAGAAGACAUAUCAGAUAAAGCUGAUGAUGUCAGAGAUGAUAGUGAAGGAAUAUAUGUUUGA